AUGGCGCGGCCGGAGCAUCCCAAAUCGAGAGACCAGCAAGCUAGCCGGAUCUCGCGAUCGGAGACAUGCGAUGACAAGGCGGCGUUUCACAAACCCGUAGACGAGAGCGACCAGCAGGACCAAGGAGCGCCGGUGGCGCAGCGCGCGGUGCCGCUGGCAGAACUGCUGCUAGACUACAGGCUGUAUGCGUUCUCGAGCGAGGACUCGUACCAGAACUUCAAGAAGAACGGCCGCGACGCGUACCACAGCCUGCUACUGGCCAGCGAAGGGCGCGAGAUCCUGGGCUACCCGCUGUUCCGGGCAGAGAGCGGGCGCACGUUCCUGAACUUCUUCAGACGCGACGCACCUGUGCUGCAGAUAUACAAGCACGUGGUGCUGCCCUUCAGCGCGGAGCCGCCGGGGCCAGAGGCGCGGCUGGUCGCGCUGGCCGGCGACCGCUCGCUGUACCGCGUGCCCUUCUGCUCCGUGUUCUCGCAGCAGCGCUUUCUGUCGGCCAUCUCGGAGUACACGCUUGUGUUCCAGCGGGGCGGGGAACCCACGUACGUCAGGAUGCGCCGCAAGUGGACAAGCCAGAUCUACGAUACGGUCUUCGACGGGAUGCACAUGCGCUGGCACCACCGGAGACUUUUCAGCCUGCUCGGUGGGUUGUCGCGCAAGCUGGUCGUUCUGCGGGAGGACAUGCCGAGCCUUUUUGCGGAGAUGGACGACCAGUGCUUCAGCAGCCACCUGUCCGAGAAAGAGAUAUCAGAACUUUCCGUCCUGGCAGAAUACACGGCAAAGAGUGCCAGGUUACUCCCGUCCAGGGUGGCGCGCGUGGGCGAGCUAGUGGUUGCCGACACAAGUACCGUACAACCCUCCGACUUUAACCAAGUUCCAUGGAAUCUGGAGGUGAUUAUUUGCAUGAAUCUUUUGAUAACAUUUCUAGAGAAGCAGAAGCUGGCGGACUCGCGACGUCGUGCUAGAAACAAUAGCAUCCACACCAUGUUUUAA